UAUUACUGUUAAUUCAAAAAAGGUGCUUUACUUUAUAAAUAUUGAUAAAUGGAUGGCACAACGGUUGAAGAUGAGGAUUACGCAUUCCUAGCCAAACUUGGUAAUGCAAGAAAUCUUUCACACAUUUUAAAAGCGAUACAUUUCAAAGAUGUAGCAACUGUAUUUGUAACAGAAAACGGUUUGAAAGUAACUGUAGAAGAUGCAAAAUGUUUGCAAGCAAAUGCUUUCAUUCAAGCAACUGUUUUUGAUGAAUAUGAUGUUCAUGAAGAAGUAAACUUCUGUAUCAAUUUGAACGUUCUUCAAGAGUGUUUAACUAUAUUUGGAAGUAGUUCCAUUAUGACAACAUCGUUGAAAAUGGUUUAUGGGGGAUAUGGAUCACCUCUUACCCUAACCUUAGAAGAAGAAAACAUUACAACUGAUUGUAGUAUAAAGACGCAAGAGUCAGAAGAGACUCUAGAUUUUGAAUUCUGCGCUGCUAAUGUUGUUAAUAAAAUUAUAAUGAAAGCUGAUUGUCUGCGAGACGCUUUUAACGAGUUAGACCACACUUCUGAUGUGGUUGAGAUUACGAUGUCUCCACAGAAACCAUAUUUCCGACUUUCAAGCUCAGGAUAUUGUGGACGAACAGAUAAUGAUAUUCAUAAAGAUUCUGAUAUGGUAGAAAUCUUUCAAUGCUCAGAGCCGCAGUCAAAUCAGUAUCGUUUAUCCUUGCUAAAACCUUCCGUAAAAGCUGUUAAUCUUGCAAGUAAAGUCUGUAUAAGAAUGGAUCAUCGUGGGUUUUUAUCAUUCCAAUACAUGAUCAAAAAUGAAAGUGGGCAAAUUUGUUUUGUUGAAUAUUAUUGUUGUCCAGAUGAAAAAUUUGAUGAAGAAGAUGUUUGACUUUAACACAAGCCCAUUUUACCCUGUGCAAACUAGAAAAAAAUAUUCAUGUAUCUGAAUAUGAACCCAUUCAGACCUUAAAUCAACAGUAUUAAUAGCUGGGAAAGUACAGAUGGCAUCAGUAAUUUUAGAUUUUCACUUCAUUUGACAGUGGUUAUUUACUUUUAUCUUGUCUGUUUCAAUCAUCAAUUUCUUUUAAAAUGUUGUUUAUACACAUAGUUCUUAUUGUUUUUUUACACUCUUUUCAGAA